CGUUGUGUAAAAGUAAAAACAUUUUUCAAGGCAGUUUUUUAAACAAAAUUCCUCCUGUGAUUAGAAAAAUUGAGAGUUAACUUUUGCAAGGUGAUUUAUCUGAUAAAAAUAAAACACCCUAAAAUUCCCUAGAUUGAUUUCCCUUUUAUAUUCACACAAUCACUUGGGGAAAGCAAUCUAGUGAUUUUCACUCCAGUUCAUGGCAUUUUAUUGUAGAAUAUAAAUGUACAUUUUUUUCUUGUUUCUUUUACUGUGUGCUACUUAUCAAGGAAGAAAUAUCCGAAUAUGUUCUUUGAAAAAUUAGGUGUUGCUGAAAUGCCAAUAGAUUAUGUGCAAAAUUAAUGAAAUGGGCAUGAAAAUUAGGGAAAUUCAAUAACUGACAUAUGAAGAAUAGUUAUAAGUGGAUAGGCAACAACGCAACUAGUAAAUUGUACAUACAUUAUUUUUUUAAAUAUAUGUGUUUUUUAUACAACAGUUUAUAUUUAUAUUCCAUCAGAUGUCUAUAAAUUUAUGUUUGGGUGUUUUAUUUUAGCAAAGAACACGUUUAAUGUCAAAAUUUCUAAAGCUUCUUCAAAUUUUGCAACAUCCAAAAUAUAUACAAUGUAGAAAUAUUAUCAACUUUUUGGAUGAUAUAAAUUUCAGUUUAAGUUCACCAGAAACAGAAAGACAAAAAAAUUUGAGACAGCUUAAAUCAGUUGCUUCUAUACAAAAUCAAGCUAGUGAGUACUUGAGUACCUUAAACUGCAGCAAGUCGGUCAGAGUGUCGCUAAUAAAUGUCGAGAGGUUAGUGGAGUAUAUGAAAAUACACCCAUUAGCACGAGAGCAAGUUUUUAAAGAAGGCGGGAUAUCUGACAUAUUACAGCUUCGUGAAUCAACAAAAGAUAAUGAAAUUAUUAAACAGACACGUGUUGCAUUAGCAUUGCUUGGUUAUGUUAAUCCAGUUCAAGGUAGAGGUAUCAGGAUACUCGCAUUAGAUGGAGGUGGUACAAGGGGCGUUAUGGUCAUUGAAAUGUUAAAAAAAAUUAGUGAUCUAUGUCAGCAACCAAUUCACGAGUUGUUCGAUUUGAUUGUUGGAACAAGUACUGGUGCCAUCUUAGCUUUCUUGAUUGGUGUUCAAAAACAGUCACUGGAAAAAUGCGAAUCAUUGUACGCAAAACUUAGCCACGAUAUAUUUGAUGCAAGUCGUAUUGUUGGUACUGGAAAACUAUUUCUAAAUCAUGCUUAUUAUGAUGCUUCUAAGCUGGAGGAUAUUCUAAAAGAUGAACUUGGUGACAAAAUGGCAAUGAUUGAUACAACGGCUUCUCUUGGACCAAAGGUAGCAGCAGUAUCAAGUCUUGUCAAUCAACAAGUUUUGCAAGCCUAUGUUUUUCGAAAUUACUGUUUGCGAGCAGAUUUGAAGAAUGUUUAUGCUGGAAGUAGUAAACAUAAAUUGUGGCAAGCAGUUCGGGCUUCAACAGCUGCACCAGGCUACUUUGAGGAAUAUCUUUUAGAUGGUGAGAUACACCAGGAUGGUGGAUUGCUAACUAACAACCCAUGUGCAUUGGCUAUAAGAGAGGCUAAGUCAUUAUGGCCGACAACACCAAUUCAAGCGGUCAUUUCCUUGGGCACUGGCAUGUAUCAUGGCAGGGCUGGUCCAAGUACAGUUCAAUUUACAACACUACGUGAGAAACUUAUGAAACUAGUGGCAAGUGCUACAGAUGUCGAAGCCAUUCAUAUAAUCUUACAAGAUUUAUUGCCGCCUUCGAAGUACAUUCGACUUAACCCUAAUAUGUCAUCCGACGUUCCCCUCGACGAAUGUCGCCCAGAAAUGUUGCGCCAAUUGGAACAAGACGCGCGAAAUUAUAUCAAUAAAUUUUCGCAUAAGUUUGAUGCAGCAUCGGAGGCUCUGUUACGCCAUAAAACGUUUUCGAGAAAGUGCAUUGAAAAAGUGGCGUUGAAGUCUUCAGUAAAAGGUUGGAUGUGAACUUUCUUAGGGCGAAACAGUAUAAAUUUGCCAGACGAUAAAAACUGGCGCGACAAUUUAAGUUUAAGUGUCGAAACAUUGCGUUACAAUUACAUCUAUUUACGUGUUUCGCGUGGUAAACCUCUUCGAUUUUCUUUUUAUCUUGCGAAACAAAAUGGCCGUCACGGUGGGUGAUGUUUGUGUUUUUCUGUUCUUGCAUGUUAUGAAUAAAACGAAAAUUGGAUCUGUUUCGGUGACCGGAGAAAUAGUGUUAACUUUUUAAAAGAAACCAUUCAGAUAUAAAGAUAUAAUUUAAAGAUUAAAUGUUUAAAAGUCGAUGUUAUUUAUAUUGUACAUUCAUUUUCUAAUUUAUAAGAAGUUUUAAAUUUUAUGCGUAUUGUGUUAAUACUGUAUGUUAUGUAUAUAAUAUAUAUUUACCCAAAAUAUUACUUUUUUUUUACCGCCUUCUGUUGUUUCUCUACGCAAAACCCUCCAUUGGAGAGGUUUUCAAGAGGUAGUGCUUGAUCAGAUUUAAUACUUUGUUUACAAAACGUCUGCGUAGGAAUAUAUCUGAAAAUCUGUUCCUUUAAGCAAGUAGAAACAUAAUUGAAGAUUUAUUCUGUUAAGAGUCAUUGUCAGUUCAUUGCUCAUAGUUUGGAAUACGCCCGUGAAUUUUUUAACAGUGUGGGCGAAUCCACUUUAAUUUUUGCGAAACACCACCAAAAUAGUUAAGAGUGAAAUUACAUGACAGAGUACAAACUAUGACGACAUCACAGGGCUACAAUACUCUCCCACCCCCUAAUAAAAAAACUCAAAAGGUAAUGCGAAACGUCAAUAUUCUGUCCGUCCAGGAAGUAUAGGAAAAGAGAUAUCGAAAGCUGGGACAGUCAUUUUUCGGCAACGCGGCAUCAGCAUAAACAAGUAAUUUUUUCCUUUUUUAAAAACUUUUUUCAGCUAUCACACAAACACCAGCACAGCCACUUCAAAACAUGUAUCCAUGGCCCUAUGCAGCAGUUUCUUCUUUAACUUUUGAUAAUUGGGAUUACCUAAAAUUUGACGAUGUAGAAAUAUUAAAUACCUUCUUCGCUAGCAUUUCAUACAAACUCCAAAGCUAAAUCUGUACGACCAAGAAAAAUUUUUAACAGCAGAAAAAAGAGAAAAAACUUGUGGUCUAACCACGUUGUUUGAAUGUGUACAACGUUUUUACAUUAACGCAUGCGCCGUAAAAAUAAACCAAUCAAAAUACAACGUAUUGUCUAACAUAAUAAAAUGAACCUGAUUAUACAGAAAAGCUAAACAUGGUUAAAAUGCAUGCACGGACUUAACUGUUUUGGUCGAUACAUUAACUUCUUUGAGGAAAAAAUCAUUUACAAUAGAUAAAUUUUUCUACAAUAAUACAAUAAUUUACAUCUAUAAUUUACAUCUAAUUUAUAAUAAUUUAUGAAAUUACUGUAGAUGGUCCUAAUGAAAAAUAUCUUUAGCGUGGUUACAACCUUGUCCCCAGGGUUUUUUGCCUUUUUGAUAUUGCAGCGGGGUCAAGUAAGUGCUAGCGGCUUUGGCAUAGGCAACAAACUCUGGGGACGAGGAUGAGCGUGGUUAAAGCAGUCGUUAUUAUUUUUUCACAUCGAAAUUAAUAUAAGCACCAUAUCCAGUAAUUUCAAAUACUCUGCUAAAAAAAUUAAGGUGUCCUGUUAUUAAAACACACUGGCAUUCUGCAAGUAUGUCAGUUUUAUCCUCGAAGCAUAGAAAGUUCAAUACUAGAACUUACUAAGAAGCUCGGGUUUUAAGCUGUGUUUUCAUUUUAGCUAAAUGUGCAGAAAAAUUUUUGUUUAAAAAUAUGUUAUAACCGAAACACCGAAAUGUUGUCCGCGCUUCACUUCAACUACGACAUACUGCAUACCAUCACUAAAGUGCUCCACCUGAAUGUUUGGCACAGUUUACAGUUCUUAUUAAUUGCUACAUCAGGUGUUCAACGCCGGGUAAUGCUUUCAAUUGAGGCUUAACCCGGCGUUUCGUCGCUGGGCAUUUUAUUAUGCAUAAGUAUGCCUCAGGGGCGGUCACCUGAUAUCUUUGCAGGUCUUACGCAAGUAUGACGUCAUAACAAUUGAAAUUUUAAAUUGCUAUUAUUCAAAAUCAUAGUUAAAAUAGAUAAUAAAAAAACACAAUUCUCUUCUCUCACCAUAGCUAAUAUUUCAUUUCAAGCGAAGACAAUAACAAUAAAAUUUUGACCUCUGUUUCCCUUCAAGGUUAUGUUCGAGUCCUUCAAACCUAUACUUUUAGCACUCUAUGCGUUGUAUAUAUUUUUUCCAUGCUUCAUUUAAUACGUAAUUGAGUUUUUGGGAAGAAAGAGUUUAAUUUGUUACUUUUAACAUGCAGUGAUCCUUUAUAUUCUACAAAGCCUUACAUGUUAAACUAGGUUACAUUUACUUUUAUUUCCAUGACUCUUUUUUGAUAAUAUCCUACAGUUUUUUAAAAAACUUUCUUGUUUUGUUUCCUACGAUCAGGCUGGCAAUGUUUUUAAAAAAUUAUUAAGUUUUUGGCAUUUUGAGCCUUAUGUUUCUUUGUGUGUUUAAAAUGUACGCAGCUAUUUUCUCAACCUUGUUUCCAGGUCAUUUUGCCUUGUUGAUGAAGUUAAUAACUGCAAGACCCUAGGGACGAGUUUGCUAUAUUCUGUGUCUGUCGUAGAGUAAAUAAUUUCAACUUGUCCCUAUUCAAUGAUACAAAUUGUUUGUGUGCUUAAAAUAGUAUCCGAAUCGCCACGCUAAGGAUCACAAGAGAAAAAUCCCGGAAAUUACGACGGACAAAAUUUUAAUGACCAUCGUAUGUACGACGUGUAACGUCCAGCAAGUUUCCGUCUGUGUUUAUGAUGUUGUGUUAAGGUUUUUAUUUAGUUGGAUGUAAGUGCUUUAUAUCCUAGCCAGCAUUGUUUCUUUCUGAGCUAUUUUUUACUUAAUUGCACCUUGUGUUGUGGCUAUAGCUACAAUUUUGACCCUGGGAUCGCGGUUGCAAUCUUGUCAAAAAUAUAUUGUAAGAAGCCACCUAAUUUGAAACUUCAUCCCUACAAGUAAUUGUAUAGGCUAUUUCUAUCACUUGUCAAUGUGUUUUGAGCGAGCUUAGGACAUAGGAUCUUAGAUUAUUUGGUUAAAUUCACACUCUUGAAAUGUGUUGAUUAUUGCUUACGUACACUUUGAUGAUUUUAUAGGCGUCAAUGUGGAUUACUUUUGUUGUGUGGACGUGCUUGAGAAUGCAAACAGCAAUUUUUAAACGCUGUCUGCCUGACGUACGCGUGUGUACUAACGAUUUUGUAGCCUGAUAAAUCUGUUUCUUGUUAGUUAUUUUGUCACAACAAGAAUUCCAAAACACUGAGUUUUUUAUCAAAUUAAUAAAAAAAUCUUGCUACCAGAACACUAAACCUGUUAAAAUAUACAGCACAUGCGUAAAAGAAUCUAUGACACAGUGCAAUGCCCGAGUGACGCUUUUGUUCGUAUUUCAAAAUUUACCAAAAAACUGCCUUUGUCUCAAAAAAGUAUAUUCAAUCUCCAGCUGGGCAGAAGUCUAAAGUUUAUUGGUUAAACAGUCAUUCUGUCUCUGUUAACCUGAAAUUCUUUUAGACAGUCUGUUUAUUUAUCUUCUCUUCUCAAAAACUUUGUACAUCAGGUUGCAGGCUGUGUGUUUAUUUAAACUGACGAUUU